AUUUGUUAUAUGUUGAGUUUUAUUUGUAAAUAUGAUGAAAUAUCCUACAUCGCCCGCACCAUCACCGACUUUUCCUCGGAGUACAUCACCUCUGCCAGCACCAGCCAACUACCAGCCGACGACAGCCAGCGCAGCAGUUAAGCGCUACAAAUACCUGAGGCGGUUGUUUAAAUUCAACCAAAUGGACUUUGAAUUUGCUGCCUGGCAAAUGAUAUAUCUUUUUGUAGCACCCCAGAAAGUGUUCAGAAACUUUAAUUAUAGGAAACAUACAAAAUCACAAUUUGCACGAGAUGAUCCUGCAUUUCUAGUCCUUUUGAGUGUAUGGCUCUUUUUGUCAUCAAUCUGUUUUGCCCUAGUGAUGGGUUUAAAUUGGGGCCAGGUGGCAAGUUUCGUCCUGUUUGUAGUCUUUGUGGACUUCAUUGGAGCUGGCAUUAUUGUUUCUACAUUCUUUUGGUACAUAAGCAACAAGUACAUGUCCGAGGGCGAGGGUGAAGUGGAGUGGGGAUACGCUUUCGACGUUCACAUCAACGCCUUCUUUCCGCCUUUGUCUUUGUUGCACUGCAUACAGAUACUGCUGUUCUACAGUGUGAUAAACGAAAGAGGGUUCCUAUCGUGUAUGGUGUCGAAUUCCUUCUGGCUCGCCUCAGUCGUGUAUUACAUGUACAUUACGUUCCUAGGAUAUAGCAAUUUGCCGAUGAUUAAGAACGCCAGAGCAUUCCUGUUCCCGUUGCCAAUACUUGUACUUGUUUACUUCGGAACAUUAAUUGCUAACUGGAAUCUUAACCUAACGCUAAUACAGUUCUAUAAGUAUCGAGUUUUUUAGCGUUAUCGAUUAUUAAUUUUUCAUAAGUAUUAAUUAUAAAAUAGUAUGCUAUAAUAUAUGUAUAUUCAAAAAAUUCAUAGACUUUUUUUUAUAUUGUAAGCCAUAUCAUUUCAGUGACGUGUUAUAUUCAUCUGAACAAAUUGUUUAUCACAUUCAUUUAUUUAUUAUCAACAUUGUAUUUAUAUAGUU